AAACUCUCUUUCUAAACUCUUUCCAAUGGCUGUCAACACUACCGCCGUUAUCGCCUGGGGUUCAGGAGAAGAUGGACAACUAGGACUCGGAGACAAUGAAGAGAAAGAAUGGGUUUCCUCAAUCACAUCCCUCAAUUCCGUCACCGUCCGUUCCGUCGUCGCCGGUAGCCGUAACUCUCUCGCCAUUUGUGAUGAUGGCAAGUUGUUUAUGUGGGGUUGGAAUCAAAGAGGAACUUUGGGGCACCAACCAUCAACUAAAACUGAGAACAUCCCCAGUCAGGUUAAAGCUCUUGACGACGUCAAUAUUGUUCAGGCAGCUAUUGGUGGUUGGCAUUGUCUGGCUGUUGAUGAUCAAGGGCGUGCGUAUGCUUGGGGUGGAAAUGAGUACGGGCAGUGCGGAGAAGAGCUCGAGAAGAAAGGUGACUCUGGUAGGACUUUGAGGAGAGAUAUCGUGAUUCCUCAAAGAUGCGCAUCAAAGCUUUCAGUUCGUCAGGUAGCUGCUGGAGGCACGCAUUCAGUGGUGCUCACACGUGAAGGACAUGUAUGGACAUGGGGUCAACCAUGGCCUCCUGGAGACAUAAAACAAAUCUCCACACCCGUGAGAGUACAAGGUCUUGAAAGGGUUAAGUUGAUUGCAGUGGGGGCUUUUCACAAUUUGGCUCUUGUUGAGGAUGGAAAUCUAUGGGUUUGGGGGAAUAACGAAUAUGGACAGCUUGGAACAGGUGAUACUCAGCCGAGAUCACAACCAGUUCCUGUUCAAGGAUUAUCCGGCCUUACUUUGGUUGAUGUUGCUGCGGGUGGUUGGCAUUCUACUGCUUUAACAGAUGAAGGAGAGGUGUAUGGGUGGGGGAGAGGGGAGCAUGGAAGACUCGGGUUUGGAGAUGACAAGAGCAGUAAAAUGGUGCCACAACAGGUUCAGCUUCUAGCCGAAGAGGAUAUUGUUCAGGUCUCAUGUGGCGGGACUCAUUCUGUUGCAUUGACACGCGAUGGUCGUAUGUUUUCUUUUGGGCGUGGGGAUCAUGGAAGAUUGGGAUACGGUAGAAAGGUGACGACCGGCCAUCCAUCAGAAGUACCCAUCGACCUUCCGCCCCCGGAAGAUGACGAGAGUGGCAGCGAAGUAGGACGAUGGUGCGCUACAUACGUGGCUUGUGGGGGUCGUCAUACAAUUGCCAUUGUAGAAUGGCAAACUACAGGCCCCAAUCCCUUGAUCUGAUGGGAUUUUAUAAUGAAAAUUACGACGAGAAUUCAUGGGAAUAAAUUUUGACGAAUGGUUUUAUGUAUGAAGUUAUUAAAGUAUGAUUUUCUUUAAGGUGGUUGAUGCAAUUCACUUGAUUAUUUGGAAUUGGAA